GAAGGAAAGAUUGAGUGUUAUUUGGUGGAUGGCUAUCUUUUAUUUUAUUUUAUUUUAUUUUUCCCUAAAGUCGACUUCCAACCAAGUUCCUUUGUCCAAAACCCGUUAUUGAAACUAAAAGUCUUUUUUUAAUUAAAAUCUAGAAAUAUAUAGAUAUAUGUGUAUUUAAGAAGGUGAAGGAAUAAGAAGCGGUCCCGCUUAUUAAUUCCUUAAAGCAAUGAUGGAUGUAAUGAAUAAAAUAGCAAAAAUCAUUAGUACGUAAUCCGGAAAUUCAGAAGAGAGGGUGCUAAUCUAUAUAGUAAUGAUAGCUUUUAAGAUAAUUGGUAAUAAAUGCACAGGUCUAAAACGCGUCAAGAUCGAGACGGGAAGUUUGAAAUAUUCAGAUCGUCGAACCAAUCAACUGCUGUGAUUUUUACUCCUUCCUGGAAAGAGAAAGAGGUCUUGUGGACCGUCGGUAGAUAAUGACCACGACAUGUUUAGUACACGCUCUGAGCAGCCAUUAAAAAUAUCUACUUCCAUAUUUGAUCUAAGGGUUGAAUGGUAGCUGUCUCUGCGGGUCCUGCGGCUGUUCGUUGAAUAAAGAAUUAGGUGUCUAGUUCGAUUAUCUAGCAAGUUGCUUAUGUGUAAUCAGGGUAGCUAGCUCCCAUGUCUGACCGAAAAUCCACUUGCCACGCAAAAUGGGCACUGGCGGAUUAAUUAAAUGCCCCUGUGGCUGACUGGGUGUGCAGCCCACGUCCUUGCAUGUGAGACUGGCUUGGUCUCUUGCUAGAAUUCCAUGUCUGUACACGCAGAGUUAUCGAUUUUCUAUCUAAUCUUAGCGUUCUUUGUCAAAAGUCACCCCCUCCGCAUGUGCCGAGUUAGAGAGAUGUAUAGGAUAAUAAAUUGACCUUACAUUUGAUGUUUUAAGCCAUCAAAUUUAUGAGCCUACCCGAGAAUUAAUGCCAGAGGAAAUUAAAGGAAUACUUGAGUCAAUGUAUAUGUUCCCAUUCGAUGCCCCAGCUUAACUGGGAAGACAACUGCUUUGUUUAGUGAGGGAAUUAGUUAAAUUAAACGGAGCAGGAAGAUGGCGCAAGGGUAAUGAGAGUGGAAAAUGUGGACAAUCCUUAUAAGAACCAGCCCAAUUUUAAUAGGAGAUUUAAGUUAACAUUGAACAAACUCUACGUGUGGAAAUUGAUUGAAUAUGAGAGGGUCGUCAUGCUUGAUGCUGACAAUCUUUUCCUUAGAAGAGCUGAUGAGCUUUUCCAAUGUGGACAAUUCUGUGCAGUAUUCAUCAACCCCUGCAUCUUCCAUACUGGCCUCUUUGUGCUGCAGCCAUCCAUGGAAGUGUUCAAGGACAUGCUUCAUCAGUUGGAAAUUGGGAAAGAAAACCCAGAUGGCGCAGACCAAGGUUUCAUUAGUGGCUACUUCCCAGACUUGCUUGAUAUGCCGAUGUUCCAUCCACCUCUAAAUGGCACCACAGUCAACGGGUCGUAUAGACUUCCUUUGGGCUACCAAAUGGAUGCCACUUAUUAUUAUCUUAGACUCCGCUGGAACGUACCCUGUGGGCCUAACAGCGUGAUUACUUUCCCUGGUGCAUCAUGGUUGAAACCAUGGUAUUGGUGGUCAUGGCCUGUCUUGCCAUUGGGCAUUCAAUGGCAUGAACAACGUCGCCAAAGUCUCGGAUACGGGACAGAAACGCCCAUGGCACUCAUUCAGUGCAUAGUUUACCUAGGUAUAAUAGCAGUAACGCGUCUAGCACGGCCGAAUAUCUCCAAGAUUUGCUAUCGGCGAACAGAAAAGAACAUCUCCGUAAUACAAGCCGGUCUUAAAAUGUUGGCAAUAUGGUCAAUUCUUGCAUCCUAUUUACUCCCCUCCAUCAUCAUUCCUUGCACAAUUCAUCCAUUAUUAGGCUGGGGAUUGUACUUGCUCGGUUCCUUUGCACUUUGCUCCAUAGCUAUCAAUGCGUUUAUGCUGCCGAUGUUACCAGUUUUGACUCCAUGCCUAGGGAUAUUCGGGGUCCUCUUGGUCAUGGCAUUUCCUCUCUACCCGAAUGGUAUUAUAAGAUGUUUAUCUAUUUUUGCUUACGCAUUCUGUGCUGCACCUUUUCUCUGGGUAUCACUGGUUAAGAUCAUGGCAAGCCUUCAAGCAUCACUUGAAAGGGAAAACUUCUUCCCUAGAUUGGGUGAAUCUUCGCCACCUUCUGGAUUCAACAAGUUAUAUUAGUGGAUUAACGGCCACAAUCGUUGUGUUUUUUUGUCCUGGGGACUUGAAAGGAUUAUCUGAUUGUCGACUGAUUUGAAGGUGGUUUGUCUACGUGCGAAGAAAGGAUAAAUGGGGAAGUCUGAUUUUGCUUAAAGCUUCAUUGUAAUAUUUGCCCCAGUCCUGACCGGGAGACCCCGGAUUAAUGUUGGAUGAAAAGGUGGCCGCUUUAAACGUAUAAAGAUUGUUUGAUUUGGGUUCAUAGCUUGGUCACGAGAACCAUGGAAAGUUGUAUUUCUAGUGCAUUUCAUUAAUUUAUACUCCAUUUUUGUACAGAUGCUUCUUAUUCUCAAUUAAGAUCCCAUACUUUUUUCCCA